AUGUCUAUAAUCAUGACGAGACGGAAUCCUCUGGCUCUCAAGAUCUUUGUGGCUGCUCUGUGCAGUUACUUUGUCUUCAGCUUGAUUCUCGCUAACACUAGCGCCUAUCAUUCAACGAAGGGUCUGUUGCAGGCUGGUCAUUCUCGUCUAUAUGGGUCGACUUUUGAGCGUAUUAACAAUGAAACUCUGGGUUUCGAGAAAGUCUUUGCGAUCGGUCUGAAGGAGCGCACUGAUAAACGGGAUUUCCUUUCACUGGCAGCUUCAGUUAGCAAUAUAAAGAUUGACUGGAUAGACGGGGUAAAGCCGGAUAGCAUUGUCGAUAAAGCAUUACCAGAGAAAUACAAUACGUCAUGGUAUAAACCUACCGUCGCAGCAUGUUGGCGAGCCCACAUGAAUACUUUAUUGGAAGUGGUAAAUAACCGAUACUCGACGGCCCUAAUUCUAGAAGAUGACGCCGACUGGGAUGUUACUCUCCGACAACAGCUUCGCGAAUUUGCACGCGGCGUGCGUACCUUGACAAACAAUCGAGAUGCACCCAAACAAACUCCAUACGGAGUGAACUGGGAUAUUCUCUGGGUAGGGGGGUGUUCAGCGGCCCCAGGGAAAAAAGAAACCAACAUCUAUGCCGUCCCCAAUGAUCCCACUGUUGCAGCUGUUCGACACCGUCGCAAUAUCUGGGGAGGACCUUCUGAAGAAUGGAAGAAAAAGCACCCGGAAGUGCCCGAGGACUCGACGCGGUAUAUCUUCCGCGCGCAGACCGCCUGCUGUACGUACGGAUACGCCGUGACAUAUGAAGGUGCCAGGAGGAUCAUCGCUCAGUUGUCUCUUGAUUACCUGGAUCAGGCGGUAGAUAACUCGAUGAGUGAUCUAUGCGCGGGUAGAAAGCGUGAUCAGAUACAAUGCUAUGGGCCUUAUCCUAACAUUAUUGGCACCUACAAACCAGCUGGCUAUGCGUGGCGAGGUUCUGAUAUUGAAAACUACAACAACGAAUACCAUGAGGCUAGCUCGCAAAAUACGAUCUACAGCACCAGGUUAAAUAUUCAUCGAUUGAUUGCGGGGGGAGAGGACGGUUUAUGGACAAUAUAG